AUGGAUGUUAUUCCAGAGUUUGAAUCAUUUAUCAAACUAGUUGAACGGUUAGAUACUUCUUGCAAGAUACAAGACAAAGAUGCAAAUAAACAAUUUGGUGUAUACUUGGAUGGGUUUUACGGGACUACAAUAUCUUGGUUGGCUUUGAUUUCAGUCUCUUUUAACCUAACAAUAAAUGUUCGAAGUCAAGCCAUUCUAUUACUCUAUGAAUCAUUGAGAAGGGAUGCUACUGUCUAUAUACCGGUGGCUGAUAAGAGUGGGGCAUCAGUUCUUAGAUUAUUUGAUCUUUUAAUUUGUACAAAGGAUAAAGACGAUGGCGAUGAAGAUACUCUUCUUCUUUUUUCAAAAGAGACAAUCAAGAUGAUACAUUUAAUAUUAGAUAUCAUUAUGCAGGCUAGUCAAUCCAUACCAAAAGUCGAAUAUGAAGAUUUAUUAAAGAAAUUUAAAGAAAUAUCAAUAUCUGACAACCAACCAAUUCAAAGAUUAAAGACAUUGGAAUUGAUUGAAAUAUAUUGGGAUGGUCUUUCAAUUCAACAAGAUCUAUUUCUACCAUCACUUUUGGGGUUUGUGACAGACAUAGAUAUUCAGAUUCAACGUCGAGCAAUCAAGAUUAUCAAUGAUAUUUGUCAAAGAGGUGAAUGUCCAACUGUAACAAGAGAGUCUAAAUUCAUGGAAGCCAUUUGUCAAGUUGGAUACAAGGUUGGAGAGAAUCAUCUAGAGAUGGAUGAUGUAAUCAUUGACAAAAUGAAAUCCCAAAUAAGAUGGAUCACAUUUGUUGGUGAUGAAUAUAAACAUGAAUUUCGACAUUGGAAUGAUAUCAUUCCUUUAAUUCAUCCAAGUAAAUAUAAAACUUUAUCAGAUAAUAUUAUACCAAUUCUUUUAGAUAAAAUAUUUGAAGGGUUUACUCCAGACUCUUUUAUCGAUUUUUUUUUUAAAAUUGGUAUUACUGUUGGAUUGAAAUAUUUCAACAAGUAUCUCAUCAAGAUGGUGUUGCGCUUCAAGUCACCAAAGGCUCCACUUGUACCGGGAAGCCUAUUUUUAAAGAUAUUAUCUCAUUUCUCAAAAGAUGAUCAUAUAUCUUUGUAUGCACCAGUAUUUAUGGGGUUACUAUUCAAAGAGGCUCCUUAUCCACUAGGCAGAUGCAACACUAGAAUGCCCCUUUCAUCAUGGUUGACUCGUCUCUUGCCACAAUUACCAACACCCUAUUUCAAAAUGAUCACAGAUCACCAACUCUUGGCACUCUCUUUAGAUUGGCAAGGCACUACAAACAACCUAACAGAUAUGUUAGAAGAGAUGAUGGCUAGAGAUAUGACCGAUCAUUCCCAAUACCUCCUCUAUAACCUUAUGCGUUCAAUUAUCACAGUAAUCCAACUCAUUUUGGAGAAUGCAACAAACCAACUAUCACUCCCAUUGGAUCUCACCAUUGACCUAUUUAGUAGUUUUGAACUAUUAGAUCGACACUUGUAUGGGCUUUGGGAAAACAACAUCAAACUAGUUGAACUAGAUGACCAUCUUUCCAACUCGAGUUGUCGCACUUUUGCAUACCAUUUUGUAAACUUGUCUUUUGCACUAGACAACUCUUAUGGUACUGCAUCUCAAAUCAUUUCAAUCAACAAAAAAGUUAUACAUUACAUUGAACCGUUUCUAACCAAAUGUAGAUCAGCAAUCAUCGAGCUGUGGUCGUCACAUGAUCAAUUAAUGUUUCACUCUAAAUUUUCACAGGAUUGUCAACUAUUGGUUUUGUCAAUGUGUAUAUUCCUGUCAGAGAAUUCUAUAGCAGUUGAUGGUAUCUCUGACGUCGGACAAUUAUAUUCAUAUUAUAUCCCAACAUUUUUUGGUCUUUACAAGGACAAUAUUCAAAACUACCCUUCCAAAAUAUAUGGACGUACCUUUUGGAGAAUAAUCAUUCAAGUUUAUAACCAAUCAACUCUGAUCUCUGACCAACGAGACAUCAAUGAGAUUUACAGACUCAUCAAUCACCAUGCUACAGAAUUUAUAGAUUCCAACAACAAUGCUGCUGCAUCAAAAGUAUUUUUACAAAAUGUACCAUCAAAACAAAUAGGUUUGGUCUACCAAAAGUUUACAUAA